ACUGGGGCCUUCAUCACUGCUAAUGGAAGCGGAGUAGUCACACCAGAAAACCAUAUCUUUGAGUUCCCAAACAUGUCAACUCCCUUGACCCAGUGGGAUAACAUGAGUGUGAAGGAGAUUUUCCCUUUGGAAAGACAUUUCUACAGCCAAGACACUACGUACAGGGACUUCACCACCACCAUUCAGGUUCUUAUCUUUAUCGGCUCUCUAUUGGGUAACACCAUGGUGCUGUGGUCCACAUGCCGCACCUCUGUCUUCAAGUCUGUGACCAAUUGCUUCAUCAGGAACUUGGCUUGCUCGGGCAUCUGUGCCAGCCUGGUGUGUGUGCCCUUUGACAUCGUGCUGAACGCCAGCCCGCGCUGCUGCUGGUGGGCCUACACCCUGCUCUUCUGCAAGGUCAUCAAGUUCCUCCACAAGCUCUUCAGCUCCGCCAUCAUCCUCAGCUUCACCGCCAUAGCCCUGGACAGGUACUACUCAGUUUUGUAUCCUCUGGAGAGAAAGAUCUCAGACACCAAGUCCCGAGACUUACUCAUCUACAUCUGGGUCCACGCCAUUGUGGCCAGUGCACCUGUGUUCGCGGUGACCAAUGUGACUGACAUCUACGCCACGGCCCUGUGCACAGAGCCCCAGAGCCCUUCUCUGGGCCACCUGGCAUACGUGGUGGCCUACAACGCCACCACCGUGGUCCUGCCGCUGGCCCUGGUCUUCUUCCUCAUGGUGCUGAUGCGCCGGGCCCUGAGCGCCAGCCAGAAGAAGAAGGUGAUCAUCGCCGCCCUGCGCACCCCCCAGAACAGCAUCUCCAUCCCCUACGUGUCGCAGCGCGAGGCGGAGCUCCACGCCAUGCUGCUGUCGAUGGUGCUGACGUUCCUGGCCUGCAGCGUGCCCUACGGCACUCUGGUGGUCUACCGCUCGGUCGUGGACGCGCCCGAGCUCUCGACGGUCCUGCUGCUCACCGCCGUCUGGAUGCCCAAGGUGUCUCUGCUCACCAACCCACUGCUCUUCCUCACCGUCAACAAGUCGGUGCGCAAGGGCCUGCUGGGGAGCCUGGCCCAGAUGCACCGCCGCUACAGCCGGCGCAACGCGGUGAGGGCCGGCGGGCUGGUGGAGGUGGUGGGAGAGCCAGGCGUGCGUUCAGGCAGCCAGCUCCUGGAGAUGUUCAACAUCGGACAGCAGCAGAUCUUCCAGGCCACCGAGGAGGACGAGGAGAACAAGGUGCACUCGGUGGUCUCCGGGGACUUCCAGCGCGAGGAGGAGGAGCAGGCCCCGCACCCCAGCCUUGGGCUCGGGCCUUCGCAGCCGCAGGGGGGCGCCGGCUGGCCAGGGGCCGGGGGCCCGGCCCCCAAGUGUUCCCCACUGCAUGGCUGUGCAGAGUCCUCCGCCCAGGUGGCCCCGGCCAUGCUGGUGGAGGGGGAAGAGGGAGGGGACAAGUACACCACGCAGAUGGGCUUCGGGCCCUUUGAGCUGCCCCCACAGUGGCUCUCAGAGACCAGGAACAGUAAGAAGAGGCUUCUUCCCCCGCUGGGAAACACUCCCGAGGAGCUCAUACAGACCAAGCAGCCCAAGAUCCGCACGACAGAAAGACGCAUCAGCAGAAACAACAAAGUCAGUAUAUUCCCCAUUGUGGACCCAUGAGGGUUACAACAAGCUUUUCCCACACUCUUUCAUUUCUGCUACAGAGCACACAUGAUUCUCUUAUCAGCAUCAUCAGCCUGCACUAUUUUAUUUUAUUUUUUUCAGCAGGAGAAUAUUAUUUGACUAGUAGGUCUUCUUGAGGACGGGUCAGAUUAUUGCAUAAUUGCAGGACAUGUCUAAAAACAAAUUAAUAAUCCAAAUAUAAUCUAAGGCAUUUCAUAUAAAGCUGCUGCAACAACGGUGGGUUGUGUUGUUUAGCCUUUUUAAUCUUUUCUCCAACAUUUUUUCACUCCUCCAGUUUUUGUACUUUUCACAAAGUAUGUUCAUGUGAAGGUAAUGAAAAUAGUUGAUCUAAGUGAGUAUUAUUGUUAUGCAAAUACUAAUGUAAUGGGAUUCAGCUCUGUGAGCAUCGUGAGUGGAAAUACACACCAAAUCAGGCUCCCAAGGUCAUGUGAGCAACCCAAUUGAGCUGCUGAUUUUCCAAUGAUUUUCCCAUUUUUUAUGAGUCAGUUUAGAUUGUUUGCAAUUUUCGCUAAUGAUUUAUCAGAAGGCAAAUAUUUUUCCUUUAUGUAGCACCAUUCCAGCAUACAAGCGUGAGUAUAUGGCCAUAAUGUGUGUUUUCCAUGAGUCAGAUAAUUGUUUGUAAUAAAAUAAUUUGAUAAUUCACCUGUUUUCCUGACACAAAAAAAUGGGCAACUUAUUCAAGCAAGUAUAUAAUGACAACACUUAUUUUACAGUGGCUGAAAUGGAAUAUUUAAAUAAUAAAAUUUGGUUAUUUUCUAGUUGUAUACUGUAAAAGCAAUACAUAUUAAAGGCUUUGCUGAACAGUGCUUUGUAAAAUUUGACUAUAAUCACAACUCUUAUAAUUAAAUUUUUAUGACUUCAUUCAUAGCAAUAUAUAUUUCAUUCACUGUGUAGUAAUUAUAUAAUGAUGUAGACCUACAUCACAUUUACAAAGGCAAUAUUUUUCCUUUUUUGGGGAGAAGCCAUUAAAUUUGACCCUUGAAACACACUUGGGCAAAUCUGUUUAUUAUACUGUGGUACUGUUCUGUAGAAACCAUGAACUCCUCCGUAUUUCAGUGAACAUUUUCCGAGCCAACUGUUUUUCAUUUUCCAUGCAUAGCAGUCAUAAAUAUAUUUGUAAGACAUGUUAAAUGUAUGUAUUAAAUGUAUGUAUAAAGAGCAGCAGAGAACCAAAUAA